AAAGGCUAAUUACAUUUAUCUAUCGUCAGGUCGCACUCUUGGUUCUUCUCAGGUUUUAGGGCAAGCAGAUAAGAGGCGCCCCCGCUGCAACCAGAAAUCGAGGCCGAUUAAGUGGAAGACCGGGAACUCCAACGCCGCUACCAACGAUUCCUUCCUUCCCUUCCAAUUUCCGUGGGCCGCAAGUGUCGACACCCAGCAGCCCGCGGCACGAAUAGAUCGACCCCAUAGACUUCUCCAUUAAAGCCCUCUAUCACAGUUAUUAUACCUCAUUGACUAGAUUUUCAGAAAUGUCGACCUUUGCCAAACCUGAGAAUGCUUUGAAGCGCGCUGAAGAGUUGAUAACUGUUGGCCAAAAGCAAGAAGCACUGCAAGCUCUGCAUGACCUUAUUACCUCCAGGAGGUAUAGAGCAUGGCAAAAGACUCUCGAGAGAAUCAUGUUCAAGUAUGUAGAGCUAUGUGUUGACAUGAGGAGAGGGAGGUUUGCCAAGGAUGGUUUAAUUCAGUACCGUAUUGUAUGUCAACAAGUCAACAUUAAUUCACUGGAGGAGGUGAUAAAGCAUUUUAUGCAUUUGGCCACUGAAAAAGCUGAACUUGCACGCAGUCAGGCGCAAGCUUUAGAAGAAGCUUUGGAUGUUGAGGACCUCGAAGCUGAUAAAAGACCUGAAGAUCUUAUGUUGAGUUAUGUUAGUGGCGAGAAAGGAAAGGAUAGAUCUGAUCGAGAACUUGUUACACCAUGGUUUAAAUUUUUGUGGGAGACAUACAGAACUGUUUUGGAAAUUCUACGAAACAACUCAAAAUUGGAGGGACUCUAUGCGAUGACAGCUCACCGUGCCUUCCAGUUUUGUAAGCAAUACAAAAGAACAACUGAGUUCAGACGAUUGUGUGAAAUCAUCAGGAAUCAUCUAGCAAAUCUCAACAAGUACAGAGACCAAAGGGACCGGCCGGAUCUCUCUGCUCCAGAAAGCUUACAGCUGUAUCUGGACACCAGAUUUGAGCAAUUGAGAGUUGCUACUGAACUAGAACUUUGGCAGGAAGCUUUUCGGUCGAUUGAGGAUAUACAUGGAUUGAUGUGCUUGGUCAAGAAAACUCCAAAAGCAUCUUUGAUGGUGGUUUAUUACGCCAAACUAACAGAAAUAUUUUGGAUAUCAUCCAGUCACCUCUAUCAUGCUUAUGCAUGGCUUAAGCUUUUCUCCCUUCAGAAGAGCUUUAAUAAGAACCUGAGCCAGAAGGAUUUGCAAUUGAUAGCAUCAUCUGUUGUAUUAGCUGCACUUUCAGUUCCUCCUUAUGAUCACUCACAGGGUGUGUCUCAUUUGGAGCUUGAGAAUGAGAAAGAAAGGAAUUUGAAGGUUGCUAAUCUUAUUGGAUUUGAUGUUGAACCCAGAUCUGAAGGCAAAGAAGUGCUAUCUCGGGCUGGCCUUCUUGCAGAACUGGUAUCAAAAGGAGUAAUGUCAUGUGUCACACAAGAAGUAAAAGAUCUUUACCAUCUACUAGAGCAUGAGUUUAUCCCAUUGGAUUUGGCUACAAAAGUACAGCCAUUGUUAACCAAAAUCUCGAAGCUUGGGGGUAAGCUUUCUUCAGCUUCUUCUGUUCCAGAAGUCCAACUGUCUCAAUAUGUUCCUGCUCUUGAAAAGCUUGCCGCUUUGAGGUUGCUGCAACAGGUAUCUCAGGUGUAUCAGACGAUGAAGAUUGAAACUUUAUCUAAGAUGAUCUCUUUCUUUGAUUUUGCUGUUGUUGAGAAGAUAUCUGUUGAUGCUGUCAAACACAAUUUUAUUCCUAUGAAAGUUGAUCACAUGAAGGGUGCUGUUUUCUUUGGUCAACAAACUUUAGAAUCUGAUGGCCUUCGGGAUCACUUAGCCCUCUUUGCUGAAUCACUGAGCAAAGCAAGGGUCAUGAUUUAUCCUCCUGUGAAGAAGGCACGGAAACUAGGGGAAACGCUCUCAGGUUUAUCAGAAAUUGUGGAAAAGGAACACAAAAGACUUCUUGCACGUAAGUCGAUAAUUGAGAAACGCAAAGAAGAACAAGAACGUCAACUCUUGGAGAUGGAGAGGGAGGAGGAAUCAAAGAGGUUGAAAUUGCAAAAGAUUACUGAAGAGGCAGAACAGAAAAGGCUUGCUACUGAGUAUGAGCAAAGGAAGAAUCAGAGGAUCCUCAAGGAAAUAGAGGAGAGGGAGCUAGAAGAGGCCCAAGCUUUGCUGCAAGAAGCUGAAAAACGCAGCAAGAAGAAGGGGAAGAAACCAGUUCUCGAGGGAGAAAAGAUUACCAAGCAAACCUUGAUGGAAAUGGCCCUGACUGAACAACUGAGGGAGAGACAAGAGAUGGAGAAAAAGUUACAGAGGUUUGCUAAAACAAUGGACUAUUUGGAGAGAGCCAAAAGGGAAGAGGCAGCACCCCUGGUUGAAGCUACGUUUCAACAAAGAUUAGUAGAAGAGGCUGCUGUUCAUGAGCAUGAGGAACAGCAAGAGAUUGAGCUCAGCAGACAACGGCAUGCAGGAGAUCUUGAGGAAAAAAGGAGGCUUGGACGCAUGUUGGAAAACAAGAAACUAUUUCACGAAAGAGUUGUUAGUCGCAGGGAAGAUGAAUUCAACAGGUUAAGGAAGGAGAGUCAAGAUCGAAUCAACCAAAUCAUCCAGACACGGAAACAGGAGAGGGAGAUUCAGAGAAAGAUGAUAUAUUAUCUGAGAGCUGAGGAGGAGAGAUUAAGAAGACUGCGUGAAGAGGAGGAAGCGCGGCAGCGUGAAGAAGCGGAGAGACGAAGGAAAGAGGAAGCUGAACGAAAGGCUAAGUUGGAUGAGAUUGCUGAAAUUCAGAGGCAACGAGAACGUGAGCUGGAGGAAAAAGCGAAGAAGAUGAGAGAAGAGGCUUUGGGAAAACCAUCUUCUGUGGCUCCUAGGCCUGCUGAUCCGCCUGCUGUUGCACGCCCAACAGACCCAGUGCCAACUGUCCCAGCUGUUGCUGCACAAAAUACUGGAAAAUAUGUGCCCAGAUUCAAAAGGCAGCAAUCUGAGGCUGCUGGGCAAGCCCCACCUCCUGAAACUGGUGGAAGCAGGCUGGAUGAUCGAGCAUCACUGCCUGGUGAUCGGUGGCGUGAUGAUCGUAGGCCAUCCUAUGGUGGGGGCGCUUCAAGGCCUACUUGGUCAUCGAAUAGGAAUCGUGAACGUUAAUUCUGCAGCAUAUUGGCUUCAAGGAUUUUUUGCCCGUGAUUUGCCUAUUUGAGCUUUAUUUAAGAGACAUUUGCCAAGUCAUUUUUUGGAUUUUAUUGUAUGGUUAAGUUCUGGGAGCGGGUGUGUUUCGAGUAAAUUUACAUCUUGAGCAGCAGAAGCCAUUUUGGGAUUUUCAAGAGACGACCUAAUUUAUUUUUCCCCUCAUGCCCAAGAACCCUAGGACGUUGCCGCUUCCAUUUUCAUUUGUGCACUGUUUCUUACUGUUAUUACAGCUAUAUGGUUUUGUAUCAAAAUGUUUGCGUUUUUCCUUACCUGCUUGAAGCUGUAAACGUGAAAUUUUAUCAGCUUUGUGAAUUUUGUGGCUUA